AACAACAACAAAAAAAGGCGCGCAUUCCGGCAAUUGCAAUUGCGACAAAGCUUCUUGUUAAUUUUGUUUAUGUAUAUUUAAUUUGCAAUGGCACUUUGGGUAGACAAGUACCGACCCCGUGAGCUAUCAAAGCUUGAUUAUCAUCAGGAACAGGCGGAAAAUCUUCGCAAUCUAUGCAAGCAAAGUGAUUUUCCCCAUUUAAUGUUUUACGGUCCAUCUGGAGCUGGCAAAAAGACUCGCAUCAUGUGCCUAUUGCGCGAAAUGUAUGGAUCCGGUGUGGAGCGGCUACGGAAUGAAACAAUGACAUUUACUACUCCUUCCAAUCGCAAAAUCGAGGUGAUGACCGUCAGUAGUAACUAUCACUUGGAAGUUAAUCCCUCGGAUGCCGGCAUGUAUGAUCGCACUGUGGUCAUUGAUUUGAUUAAACAAGUAGCUCAGACGCAUCAAAUCGAGAUCAACGGCCAACGAGAGUUCCGUGUCAUUGUUGUCUCUGAAGCGGAUGAACUCACUAAGGAUGCUCAACAUGCCCUGCGUCGUACCAUGGAAAAAUAUGUGGCCACAUGCCGCAUUAUAUUAUCAGUUAACUCAACAUCAAGAAUCAUACCGGCUAUAAGAUCGCGUUGCCUGGGCAUCCGAGUGGCUGCUCCCUCCGAAACGGAAAUAAUAAACAUCUUGCAGAGCACAUGCAAACGCGAGGGUCUCGUGCUGCCCGUCGAAUUGGCUAAACGUGUCGUCGAUAAAUCCGAACGUAAUCUCCGGCGUGCUUUGCUUAUGCUAGAGGCAUCCAAAGUAGCCAAAUCGCCAUUUACAGCGAAUCAGGAAAUAGCCGAAUUGGACUGGCAGGUAUACCUACGAGAGACUGCCAAUCAGAUAAUGAGCGAACAGACGCCAGCCAAGCUGGAGAAGAUUCGCGAACGACUCUACGAAUUACUCAGCCAGGGUGUGCCACCCAAUUUGAUAUUUCGCGGACUUGUGGAGCAGCUCGUCAACAACUGUGAUAUUGUGCUAAAGGCCAAGACAUUGGAUUAUGCCAGCCAAUAUGAGCAUCGUAUGCAGAAUGGAGCCAAGCACAUAUUCCAUCUGGAGGCUUUUGUGGCCCAAUUUAUGAACAUUUAUAAGAAAUAUUUGACCGAAUCGGUCAUGUCAGUUGAUUUCUAAAUUUAGAGCAUUUAUUAAUUGUAAACGGGAAAUUAAUUAUUUAAUAAAAAAGUAUAUCAGCGAUUUAA